GAGUCAGCAUGGACAAGACCCGAGGGUGUUAAGGUGAUAACCCAGAGUGAGGUUGAGUCAAUGGCAGCACAGCAGGCCCAACAGGCAGCUAAUGCCACUAACACACAGUCUUCAGGCACCACCACAGCUGCUCAAGCUGCAGUCGCACAAGCCAGUGCAGGUGGGGCACAGUACCAGUCCCCUCAACAAGAUGGCACCCCAGAACAAACUCAAGAGACACCCCAGCAGCAACAACCCCCUCCAGGACAACAGCCACCUCCGGGACAACAGCCUCCCUAUGGCUGGCCACCCCCAGGCGGAGCUGGAGCACCCCCAGGUUUCCCUCCACCAGGCAUGUUUCCACCCCCUGGUGUUGGAGGACCUCCCCCAGGAUUCAACCCAGCUAUGGGUCCUCCCCCUGGCAUGCAGCCACCCCCAGGCAUGCAACCUCCCCCUGGUAUGGCAGCCCCUGGGAGUGCCCCAGUAGUAGACAAGAGUCAGCCUCCACCAGAAGUGGCUGAGUGGUCUGAGCACAAGAACACAGAUGGAAGAUCUUACUUCUACAACUCCAGGAACAUGGAGUCCACUUGGGAGAAACCUAAAGUUGUUGUGGACUGGGAAGCAAGUGUAGCAGCAACAGAAACACCAGCAGUGUCUCAAGUAGCAACAGAAUCUACUAAGCCACAGGCCAUGCCUAAUGGUGUGCAAGAGAAACCUGCCCAAGAGGAACCCAUGGAAGCUCAAGAGGCCCAGUCUGAGCCACAGGUAGUUGAGGCCAAAAAGGAGGAGGAAGAGCAAAUGACAGAAGAGCAAAAAGAGGCUGAGAAGAGUAAGCCAGUAUCUAGUACACCAAUUACUGGCACCCCCUGGUGUGUUGUGUGGACUGGUGAUGGGAGGUGUUUCUUCUACAAUCCAAGUCAGCGACUCUCUGUGUGGGAAAAACCAGAGGAUCUUCUUAAUAAACCAGAGGUUGAUCGUUUGAUGAAUGAGAAACCAGAGGCAUUGGGAGGCAAGAAGAAAGCAGAUGAACCUUCCUCUGAUGAGCCAAAGUCAAAGAAAAAGAAGGGUGGGAGUGAUGAUAAGCCAAAUCGUAUAGAUGUUGGGAAGGAAGCAGCCAUUGAGGCUGAAGUGAAGGCUGCUAGGGAGCGUGCAAUUGUACCUCAGGACAUCAGGAUGAGACAAUUCAGAGAUAUGCUUGCUGAGAAAGAGGUAUCUGCAUUUUCUACAUGGGAGAAAGAGCUGCACAAGAUUGUGUUUGAUCCACGGUACUUGUUGUUGACAUCCAAGGAACGCAAGCAGGUCUUUGAGCAGUAUGUGAAGGAGAGAGCGGAAGAGGAGCGACGUGAGAAACGCAACAAACUACGGGAGAAAAAAGACCAGUUCAAGGCUCUUUUGGAGGAAUGUAAAUUGAAUGGGAAGUCUUCAUUCAGCGACUUUGCAGCCAAAUAUAGCAAGGAAGAGAGGUUCAAGGGAAUUGAGAAAAUGCGAGACAGAGAAGCUAUUUUCUCUGAUUUUAUAUCUGAUUUACGUAAGAAAGAAAAGGAGGCCAAGUCAAAUCUUAAAGAAAAGAUUAAAACGGACUAUAUUCAACUGCUCAAGGAUACGCCAGAUCUUGAUUAUAAAUCACGCUGGACAGAGACAAAGAAGCGUAUUGAUUCUGACCCCCGCUACAAGGCUGUAGAGAGCAGUACCAAGAGAGAGGAUUGGUUCAGAGACUAUGUACGAACCCUAGAAGAUUCUGGUGCCAAGGCCUCUAAGAAUAAACAUGACCAAGAUUCUGAUGAUGAUGAGCGUAAAGAGCGUGAGAAGCUGGAACGUAUUGAGCAGAGUAUACGGAAGAGAGAGGAGGAGGUUCAGAAGACACUCUCGACAUCACUCAGGGAACGUGACAAGGAACGAGAGGCUCAUAAGAAGGAUGAAUCAGUUCAGCACUUCAAGGCUCUUCUCGCUGAUCUGGUUAAGAAUGCUGACAACUCCUGGAGAGACACACGUAAAAUGCUACGCAAGGACCAUCGUUGGGACAUGUUGGAGAAUUUGGAACGUGAGGAGAAGGAAAGAAUCUUUGAUGAACAUAUUGAAGCUCUAAACCGAAAGAACAAAGAGAUGUUCCAUAAGAUGUUAGAUGAGGCAACAGAGAUCUCACUUCAGUUGUCAUGGAAAGAGGCCAAGAAAUUAGUAAAAGAAGAUCCACGUUAUUCAAAAUUUUCCUCCAGUGAUAGGAAACGAGAGAGGGAAUUCAAUGAUUACAUUCAUGAUAAAUACCAGCAAGCCAAGGUUGACUUUCGUGAGCUAUUGAAAGAGACAAAGGUUAUCACAUAUAAGUCAAAGUCCCUCAUAGAGGAAAAUGAGCUGCAUUUGAAAGAUAUUCACAAACUUUUAGAGAAUGACAAACGCUUCCUGGUGAUGAGUGGAAAACCAGAAGAACGCGAUAAAAUCUUGAUUUCCCACAUUGAAGAUCUUGAGAGAAAGGGGGCGCCACCACCACCCACUGCUUCUGAGCCAUCACGACGUAGCAUUGUCAAAUAAAACGUUUGAACAAUGUUAAAUAAUUCAGUUUGAAUUCAUAUGCAUAACAUUAUCAAAGUUUACAAGAAACACAAGGAAAUUGGGAUAUGGCAAACAAACAUUGCUUCUAAAGCGAUGCUUCUGUAUGUUUAAAUUGACCCGAGAUCUGUUUGGUUCACAAAGACGCUUUUUAAUAGGAUAUGUGCAGAUCAAACAAUGUUACUCCAGACCUCUUGACUUGUGUCACUGGCACACUCUGGUUUGCCUGUAUAUUAUGUUAGUGCAGCGUGAACAAUUAUUCAGACAUGAAAAGUGAAGACUUGAGGAUGAUUUACAAAGUGUGAUUUUAUUAAUUAAAGAAUUACUGCUUGUGCGUGGGCAUGACAACAAUGUGGUUUUCAAGUGGUCACACUUAAAUCUUUGAUAAGCCCAUUUCCAUGAGUGCACAUUUUAACUUGCUUUGUUAAACAUUGACCAUUCAUGAGCAAAACUAUUGACAUGCCUCACUGAAUCGUUUUAUAUUCCAUUGAAUUGCGAAGAGACAGUGUACUGUUUUAGAACUAGAUUUUAAUUGUAUUGUCAUAGCAUGACAUUGAAUCAGCCAAUGUUA